UGUUUCCUUGUCGUGGGACUGGAGACCCUCCUUGUGUGGAUUUGAUUCCCAUUUCCUUUAAAUGUGGAUUCAGGUCUUUUGUGUGGCAUUUAACUCCUGGGGUUUGACUCCCUUUUGCCUUAUAAGGCCAUUCCUGUUUGCUCACUUCCUGCCUUACUCCUGACUUUUCUCUUCUCCCCCCUCCUUCCUUCCCUAUCCUGGAUGCUUUCUCCAUGUGGCACAGCUGGAACUAUUCACAGCUGGCCGGGAGCGGGGAUCGGUGCUGAGCUUCCUCCUGCAUGGAAAGGAAGCGCUUUGGGGAGCUGCGAUUAACUCCUUGUUCUUUGCAGAACGCAGAAAACCUGCCCGCUCAUUUGACCAGGGGGAAUCUGAGCGUGUUGAAGAAGAAGUGGGAGAAUCCGGCGCUGGGAGCGGAGUGUGGGAAGGAAACGAUCCGGAGCAGCUUUGCUGAGGUGAGGCACAAGGUCGGGCCGUCCCCGGGGGCUGGAGCUGCCUCUGGCCAGCAGCAGUGUCCCGCUGGUGACAGCACAGAGCCCCCCGGCCACUCCCGAGACAGUGGCAGCAUGGAAAACUGUGGGAGAGAGAUGGAAAAGCCCGAAGGCAGCGAGAGGUCGGAGUCUCCGGGGAGGAUCGAGAAGUACAACGUGCCCCUGAACAAGCUCAAGAUGAUGUUCGAGAAGGGUGAAGCCGCUCAGCCCAAGCAGGGCCCCCGGGAGCCGCGGAGGGCGGCCGUGGGCAGGAGGAUUUCGGAGAACAGCCUCUCCUUGGAGGACUGGGAUGCUGCCCAAGGAGAGAGGAGCCACAGCACAGCAGCAGGGUAUUUUGUAGAGAGCAGCCCAGACAAGGCAGAGAGCAGGAAGAACAUGGACAUGCCCCGUUUAUCAGAGACAUCCAUAAAGGACAGGCUGGCCAAGUACCAGGCAGCUGUGUCCAAGCAGGGCAGCUCCUCAGGCAUCACUCCCAUGAGUGAGAUUCAAGCCAGUGAGAGUGAACUCAAGAAUUACAAAUCUGGGCAGAAGGAGAAUAUGGCACCAAUUGAGGACUCCAGUUCCUGUCAGGAUGGGGAGAAGGUUUCUGUAGGUGACAACAGCUUGUCUUUGCACUCUGGUCUGCUGGAGGAUGGCCAUGCUGGACAGCCAGAGAGCGAGGCAGAAGCUCAGAAAGCUGCCAGCUCAAAGCAGCAGAACCUUGGUGCUAAAGCAGCUGGGCAGACAGAGGCCUCCCCACCAAAGGGAGUGAAGAAAUUCCAGUUGCCAAUGAAGGAAACCUGUGUUGGGUGUCAGAAGACCGUGUACCCCAUGGAAAGGCUCUUUGCCAACCAGCAGGUGUUUCACAUCAGCUGCUUCCGCUGUUCCUAUUGCAACAGCAAACUCAGCCUCGGGACGUACGCCUCUCUGCGUGGGAACAUCUACUGCAAACCUCACUUCAAUCAGCUCUUCAAGUCCAAAGGAAAUUAUGAUGAGGGCUUUGGACACAAGCAGCAUAAGGAAUUGUGGGCAGGGAAAACUGAAUGUGAAGAAUCCCCGGAGAAAAUCAGCCAUGGUGUGAAUGCAGCAGAAACUCCACAAAGCCCAGGAGUAGAGGAUGCCCCGAUUGCAAAAGUGGGAGUUCUGGCAGCAAGUAUGGAAGCAAAAGCUUCAGCUGCGCCUGAAAGAGAAGAGAAACCAGCAGAAACAAAAAAGCUCAGGAUCGCCUGGCCACCUCCAUCUGACCAAAGUACCCAAGGAAGUGCCUUAGAUGAGGGCAUCAAAGUACUCAAACCCAAGUGGCCUCCAGAAGAAGAGAUUUCCAAGCCAGAUGUGCAGGAGGAUGUGGAUCUGGAUCUCAAAAAGUUAAGAAGAUCUUCCUCGCUGAAGGAGCGAAGUCGCCCCUUUACAGUCGCAGCCUCAUUUAGAACAAUGUCUGUUAAAGGCCAUAAAACAGAGAAUUCACCCUCUCCCUCUAAGGAAGAGAGAGACAUGUUGAAAAGGAGUGAGGAACUGGAGAGAGAGGUUGUCACACAGAAAAAGCAAAAGGAAAAGAAGGUUGAGCAUAGGAACAGCCAGAACACCAGGGAGAAAAACAUGGAAGAAGAAUUGUCUGGUAUCAAAACAGUAGAGCACAAUGUUGUAGAGAAUGGCCAGGUGAAUGCAGACACAGAUGAGGAAGAACACACUACAGAGGAGCCAGAAAUUCCAAAGGAAGAAUUCCUUGAACCAAAUUCUCCUAAACAAUCCAGCUUAGCCAAUGUUGUGACCGCCAAGGAAUCAUCUCCAACCCAGAACCGCAAAUCCCAAGAUGUUGGUUUUUGGGAGGGUGAAGACGUGGAAGAUUUAUCUGUGGAAGAGCAGAUCAAAAGGAAUCGCUACUAUGAAGAUGAUGAUGAUGAUGAAUAAAUUGGCCUUUUACUAGAAAACUUGCUGCAAGGUGCUGGGCCUUUUGAAAUGGGUAUUUUUUAGCUUUAACAAACAGCUCUCCUGGAUGAAGUGAUGCUGCACUGCACAUCGGCGUUAAGGGAAUCUACCUACACAUUAUCUCAGCUAGAAAACUCUGGAAGCAAAUUCUUUAGGUGCAUGGAACCUGUGGCUGGCUGUGGGAUGGCUUCAGCAGGUAGUGUCUGUCCCCAGCAUGAGAACAGAGCUGUUCUCUACUGUCUUAUCCCUUUGAGCUUCACUAGGUAUUUCACUAACAAUUUCUGGAAUUGUUCCAGGGCCCCUGGAACACACCACCAACACCACUACAAAUGCUACUGCAGUGCUUAGGGACCAACUGCAAAGGGACUUUCUGGCCUGCUUUAAAAUGGUCACUUCAUGCACUUUAAUACAUGGAAAGGGCACAACUGG